GAAAUAAUUGCCCGCCCCCGCCCUGCGCGGCCAGACCCUGAACCAAGGUGUGCUGCAGGCCUGGGGCCGCUCCUCGCUCUCAGGACAGGACGGGCCUGGGCCUGGGCCUGGGCCUGUGCCGAAGGGCCCCUCCUUCCCUUCCCUUUCCUUCCCGUCCCGUCCCGUCCCGCCCGACCCUGGCUCUCGCUGCCCGGGAGGCAGCGGCCGCGGGGUCGCGCCGGGCUCGCUGGCCGGCGGCUGCGCGCGGCGAGGAGCGGCGGCCGGGGAGCCCGGGGGCGGCGCGUGCGGCUGGGCGCUGCAGGGGCGCAUGAGCGCGGGGACGCUCCGCUCCUCCUUCGCGCGCGGGAGGAGGCGGCGCUGCAGCAGGGACGCCGGCCCUCGGCCCAGCAGCAGGAUUUACUCUGAAUCACAGUCCAGGAAAAAGAAAUACUCAUUUUGAUUGAAGUUGAACAUUUGCCUCCAGGAUUAAGAACAAACAGCCAUGCCGGUGCUUUCAGAAGAUGCAGGAUUACAUGAAACCUUAGCCCUAUUGACAUCUCAGCUAAGACCUGAUUCAAAUCACAAAGAAGAAAUGGGAUUCCUUAAAGAUGUCUUCAGUGAGAAGAGUCUCAGUUACUUAAUUAAGAUACAUGAAAAGCUCCGUCAUUAUGAAAGGCAGAGUCCAACCCCUGUUUUACAUAGUGCAGCAGCUCUGGUAGAGGAUGUGAUAGAAGAAUUGCAGACUGCACCAGCAAACAAUGAAGAAAAAGAACUACUUCAAUUAUUAUCAACACCACAUCUGAAGGCAAUGCUUGUUGUACAUGACACAGUUGCACAGAAGAAUUUUGACCCAGUCCUUCCACCUCUGCCAGAUAAUACUGAAGAUGACUUUGAUGAAGAAUCUGUGAAAAUUGUUCGUCUAGUAAAGAAUAAAGAGCCUUUGGGAGCAACCAUCAGAAGGGAUGAGCACUCUGGGGCUGUGAUCGUAGCAAGGAUCAUGAGAGGGGGUGCAGCUGACCGCAGUGGUCUUGUCCAUGUUGGAGAUGAAUUAAGAGAAGUCAAUGGGAUUGCUGUGCUUCACAAGCGACCAGAAGAAAUCAGUCAGAUUUUGGCUCAGUCUCAGGGAUCAAUAACAUUAAAAAUAAUUCCAGCCAUCAAAGAAGAAGAUCGUCUAAAGGACAGCAAGGUCUUUAUGCGGGCACUCUUCUGCUAUAAUCCAAAAGAGGACAAAGCCAUUCCCUGUCAAGAGGCAGGAUUGCCAUUUAAGAGGAGACACAUCUUAGAAGUUGUGAGCCAGGAUGACCCAACAUGGUGGCAGGCAAAGCGUGUUGGUGAUACUAACCUCAGGGCAGGAUUGAUCCCCUCAAAACAGUUUCAAGAAAGGCGGUUAACUUACCGAAGAACUAUGGGCACCCUGCAAAACCCUAGAACUAUGAAGAAACCAUUAUAUGAUCAGUCUUCAGAAAAAGAAGACUGUGACUGUGAAGGAUAUUUCAAUGGGCAAUAUAUAGCUGGGUUGCGGAGGAGCUUUAGAUUAAGUCGAAAGGAGAAACAGAACAACCAGAUUGAAGCAAAGCAGACGGAACAAGCAGAUACAUUGGAGCUACUAACAUAUGAAGAAGUCACGAAGUAUCAGCAACAGCCUGGAGAAAAGCAGAGACUCAUUGUUCUGAUUGGUUCAUUGGGAGCCAAACUAAAUGAGCUCAAGCAGAAAGUUGUAUCAGAGAAUCCACAGGAGUAUGGUGUUGCAGUUCCACAUACAACAAGAUCAAAGAAAAUUCAUGAAAAAGAAGGAGUAGAAUACAAUUUUGUCUCUAAGCAAUCAUUUGAGACAGAUGUACAGCAGAAUAAAUUUGUUGAACAUGGAGAAUACAAAGAGAAUCUCUAUGGAACAAGUCUUGAGGCAAUCCGGUCCGUCAUGGCCAAAAAUAAAGUUUGUUUGGUGGAUGUAGUACCUGAUGCAGUAAAGCACUUGAGGACUCCAGAAUUUAAGCCUUAUGUUAUUUUUGUGAAGCCUCUGAUUGCAGAAAAGAAAAAAAGUGUGCCAACAUCUCCAACUUCAGAAGAAAUUUCAGCUCCACUUCAGGAUGAAGAACAGCAAGAAAUUAUUAAUUCAGCGGUAUUCAUUGAAGAGCAGUAUGGCCAUUUAAUUGACACUGUGUUGGUGAAAGAAGAUUUCCAGAGUGCCUGUAAUCAACUGAAAAUUGUUCUAGAGAAGCUGAGCAAGGACUCAUUUUGGGUGCCGGUCAGUUGGGUCCGGUUAUAGCCUGUUGUUAUGCAUUUAAACAAAAGUUUGUAUAAAACUUGUUGUAAAUACAAGAAUUAUAAACUGUAAGAUGUUGGUUGCAUUUCAAAACUGCCAGUUAGUCCAGGAGGUAAUAUGAAAUAUUCUAUAAGUGGAACCAGGCAGAUCCAGUCAGAAGCUGACACUGGGUUUCUAAACCAGAAUUUUUAAUAGCAAAUAUCAAUUAAAAUUGUAUUCAGUAUAACUGAUUAGUAAACAUUUUGAUUAUUUGUAAACUUUGUAAAUACUUUAGUUUGCAGUAUGAAGUGGAACUUCACAUGGGUCCCGUAUUUAGUCAUUGCAACACCAGGCCUGUAGACAGCCUGCCAUCCAGGAUAAUCCUCAGCUCCCAGUUACAGCUUUGCUUUCAGUGAAUAGAGAGAGUUUAGGCACCUAUGGAAACGAUUUUCAGGAGUGCUUCAACUAGCCAGGAACUCAUAAUGGCACUUUGCCUUCUUCCUGAUGGCACCCUACCUCCAGCCUCCUAACAUGGGGUAGAAAAAAGCAGGUGUUACUUAUUAUCUAAGCACACCUACAGUAACAAGCCUUGCUAAUGAGAUGAAUAUUCUGUGUCUUUAAGAAUCACGACUUGGCUCAGACAAGGGGUGCCUGUAGAGGCUGCUCCAGCGUGCUGUAAUUACUGCAUGUCGGAGCAGACUUGAUUAACUGAGUUGGCUGGAGCAUGCUAAAUAGUGCGCUCUUCAAAAUGGCAGUGGGGGCACUUUAACUAAAGCUCAUCAAAUGAGCCUUAGAUAAAGUGUCCCCGCCACCAUUUUGAAGUACAAGGAUGCUGAUGCAUGAGAUAAUGUGGGAGCUUUAAUUAGAGCGGCUCUUGGAGUUGCUCUGAUUAAAGCACCCUUCCCCUACCCCCCACAGCAUGUGUAAAAACUCCCAAGGGUUCUAAGCAGCAUAUUAGUCACCUCCAUAUGAGGUAACUUUGCAAAUGCCAGUUACCAAGGAACUUGGGUACCUACAGUAAGUUGGCAGUGUGGACAAUGUCUCUGGCAUCUAAUGAUGGACUGAGCACUCAAGUACCUUUAGGUACACUGGCACAAUACUUAAGGGCAUUUUCUGUACAGCACAAGGCAGUGCCAUAUAGAGAGAGCCUGCACAAGGCUACACCCUUUCUGGUUCUGGAGCUAGCAUAGAUUCUGUUUUUGUAGGACAACAUCUCAACAUACAUUAACACACUCUAAGACACCAUGCUUCUGAUAAUUAGGGAUGUGUGCAUCCCAGCUCAGAUAAGAGGUCCCAGAGCAUGCUAUGACUUACAUCAAGUUUUGGAGAUAAAAUAUGCACAGCAAUAUUUCAGAAGUUUGAAUAUAUAGAAUUUUUAGUAUAUGUAUGAAAUGCAACUCUCUUAUAACUUUGGCAGUGAGUGACAGUGCUUUGAAGUCUGUAAUUUGAUAACUGUAUGGUAUUAUUUCUAAACAGAUUUAUGUAACACAUCUAAGAGGUGCUGCUUUCUAUUUGCCUGCCACUUUUGAUCUUCUUAUGUACUAAGUCCCCUCAAAUGUGUUCAAAUCUAAUCAUCCCAUUAUUUUGUCCUAAUGGUAUGAAAAUUAUUAUUGUUCCAGCAAAAUUGCUAGGAUACCCCAACUAUAGAAAGUCCUAAUACAAAGUCACCAUCUUCUCCUUCCAAAAAUAAGGAUGAACUUCUUCCCUAGGUAAAGCCACAUUUAAUCAGUUAUUCAUUCAGGGCCAGGUAUUGACCCUUAUUGACUUUUAUCUUGAAAGGUGCCAUGUAGUUAAUCAAUCUCUUGUGAUCCCUGCCACUGUAUCAGGAGAUAGUGUAUUCCAUAUUUUUCUCAUGAUAUUCCUGAAGCUUCUUAUGUGACAUAUGAAGUGCCCCAGUUUUUUACUUAAUCUUUCAAAGCUUUCAUGUUUUUUAUUCAUUAUAAAAUGUUUACUUGCGAUA